AUGUCCUAUCCGGGACCCCCAGGUUUCGGAUCUCUACCUCCUCGACCGCCAGCGAGCAAGACCGGCGGCGGAUUCAAGCCAGCAUUCCCUCCUACCACGAGUGCUGCUCCGACCUACGCUGCAAGCGCACCCUACUCCGGCGCCCCAUCAUACAGUGCAGCACCCGUCUCAGCACCCCAGUAUGGCGCCGCUGCCUCUACCUAUUCCUACCCACAGGCACCCGCCGUAGGUGCGGGUCGUGGCAGCUACGGGGCAUCAAACCAAUCCUACAACUACUCAGCCAGCUACUCGCAACAGCCAGCUUACUACGGUGCGCCGGCUACGGCGUCCUACUCCACGCCACCGCAAAUCCGCAACCCUUUUCCACAACCGGGUGCCGCCGCCGCCCCUACUGCUACCGCCGCGGCGCAGAACCCCUUCGACCGCAGCGAUCCGAAUUAUGAUCCCGAAAUGGCUGCGCAGAUCGCGCAGUGGCAAAGCGCGUACCUACCGAAGGAAGGGGCCGAAGCCAACAUCACUGCUGGUGCUAAGACAGCCGGCGGCAAGCCUGGCACUGCUUCCGGACCGACGUUCAACGCAGAAAACGCUGCCAAGGCUGCGCAGGAAGGAGCCGCGAACACUGCGGGCGACAAACAGAAGACGGUUUACCGUGAAGGAGGAGGCAAGAAAUGGGCUGACGACUCGCUACUGGAAUGGGAUCCCUCGCACCUGCGGAUCUUUGUCGGUAACCUGGCUGGUGAAACAACAGACGACUCCCUGCUGAAGGCGUUUGGCCGCUGGCAGUCGGUGCAAAAGGCAAAGGUAGUGCGGGACAAGCGGACAAACAAGUCCAAGGGCUUUGGCUUCGUCAGCUUCAGCGACCCAGACGACUUUUUCCAGGCGGCCAAAGAGAUGAACGGCAAGUAUAUCCAGAGCCACCCGGUCGUGGUGCGCAAGAGCACGACGGAGAUCAGGCCUGCAGCUGUCAAGAAUGACAAGCGCAAAGGCAAGAACUACAAGAAGGGAGGCAACAAGUCUGGCAGCGGCGCAGGCAAUGGUGACGACGGCUACUCGCCGCACCUUGGGCCCCAGGCCGGAGGCAUCGUCAAGUCUGGGACAAAGACCAAGGGCGGUAUGAAAUUCUUGGGUUGA